AUGGAGAUUAGCAACCUUGCCGAGCUCGUUCCACUGUUGUCCAACUUUUGGCGAACCAUCCCCAUUACCUUACAGCUGAAGCUGGAAAGCUCGCUUACACUGCUGAAGCAAGAUCACAAGCUAACCAAGCUUUUCUUUUUGGGCCGGCUGGAGGCACAUUCGAUCAGUUACCUGCUCGCGUUCGGUUCACCGGGUGUGGAUCUGUUUCAUCAGCGAAAGUUUUACUACAGCCGCAACGGCAUUGAUUGGCUGCUGUUACUCGAACCGACCGAUUGGAGCGAAGAAUGGGGCCGCAUUUGGGGUGAGUUUACCGGAAACGCUGGGUUCGCGUUCAAAAUUCGUUCGCUGGCAGCGGGCAGCACCAGCGUGGUGGUAAGUGAACAGGAUCGACUUUGGUACGUGAUGCAUGCGAUCUUACGUGAAGCGGCUGGUGUACCUCGCGGCGCUCUGAGAAUGUCCAACGAGAAGCACAUUGUUUUGAAUCCAUUCUUCCAAGGGUUGACCCGGGAGGAGUUGGUUGAGCUCGGCAAUUAUCAACACUUCCGACAACCGGAACGACCUGCUGAAGAAAAUGUACGCGGCCGCAAGGAGUGCAAUCUGUCGAUCGAUGUGUUUGAUCCGUUGGAGGUGGACGUACUGCCGGAAGGAAAAAGUUUCGCGAUGCGCAUGGACGAUUCCGAUCAGCUGGCGAUGUGGAGUUCACUGCACUGGCUGGGGUUAGAUUUUUUCCACAAAGCGAACAGCAAUGUAUACGGUUUCUGUUACAAUGGAGAUGGGCGUAAAAAUUGGGACCUUCCCUUUAUGGUUGAGCUGUAA